AUGGGCGAUGGGAACGGGGCAGGCGAGGGGGGCGGGCAGGGGUCGGGGCCCAGGAAGCGGUUCAGGAGGAAGGACUUGGAGGAGGAGGAGGAGAAAAACGAGUGGGCGGCGCUGAUGGAGGCGGACGAGGAGGAUGGCGCGGACGCCGGCGACCAGGAUGCCGAGGAGUACGUUCCUGUGCACAAGCGCCGCGAGAUGGAGCGGCAGGAGCGGCUGCGGCGGCUCGGGUUGCAACACAAGGUGGCCGAGGACACGGACGGGGACGGCAAGCCGAAGCAGUCGCUGCUGCUCACCGCGCUCCAGAUGCGCAAGGAGCAGCCCGAGGAGGACGAGAUGGAGAAGCAGGCCAAGGAGGAGCAGGAGAUCCUGCAGCACAUCACGACGAAGAAGGCGCUGAUGGGAGUGAAGGAGCUGGCCUCGGGCGUCGUGUACACGCAGUCGAUCGCCACUGGCUGGAAGCCCCCCCUGCGGGUGCGGCUGCGGUCGGAGGAGCACAACGCGGAGAUCCGGCGGCAGCUGCACAUCAACGUCGAGGGCGACAACGUGCCGCCGCCGAUCGCGACCUUCGAGGAGAUGCGGGUGCCGCGCCCGCUGUGCGAGCACCUCCGCGGCAAGGGCAUCCAGCGCCCCACGCCGAUCCAGAUCCAGGGCCUGCCCGUGGCGUUCGCCGGGCGCGACAUGAUCGGCAUCGCGUUCACGGGCAGCGGCAAGACGCUGGCGUUUGCGCUCCCGCUGGUCCUGGCGGCGCUCCAGGAGGAGCUGCGCAUGCCGCUGGUGGAGCAGGAGGGCCCGAUCGGGCUGUGCAUGGCGCCGUCGCGCGAGCUGGCGCGGCAGACGCACGAGAUCCUCGUCGAGCUCGCCGGCGUGCUGCGCGGCGGGGGCUUCCCGGAGCUGCGCGGCCUCCUGGCGAUCGGCGGCGUGGACCAGCGCGAGGCGUUCGACUCGAUCAAGCGCGGCGUGCACAUGGCGUCGGCGACGCCCGGGCGGCUGAAGGACAUGCUGAAGCGCGGGAAGGUCACGAUGGACCACUGCCGGUACCUGUGUUUGGACGAGGCGGACCGCAUGGUGGACCUGGGCUUCGAGGAGGACAUCCGGGAGGUGCUGAGCUACUUCUCGGGGCAGCGGCAGACGCUGAUGUUCAGCGCGACGAUGCCGAUGAAGAUCCUGACGUUUGCGGAGACGGCGCUGGUCAACCCGGUCACGGUCAACGUGUCGCGCGCGGGCGCCACGAACCAGGACAUCAUCCAGGAGGUGGAGUACGUCAAGGAGGAGAACAAGCUCGAGUACCUGCUGAACUGUCUCCGGAAGACCGCGCCGCCCGUGCUCAUCUUCAGCGAGAUCAAGUCCGAGGUCGACCGCAUCCACGAGUUUCUGCUCAGCAAGGGCGUGGAGGCUGUCGCCAUCCACGGCAGCAAGAGCCAGGAGGAGCGGUCGUGGGCGAUGGACCAGUUCAAGGCCGGGGGCAAGGACGUGCUCAUCGCCACCGACGUCGCCAGCAAGGGCCUCGACUUCCCCGCCAUCCAGCACGUGAUCAACUUCGACAUGCCCAAGGAGAUCGAGAACUACGUGCACCGCAUCGGGCGCACGGGGCGCGCGGGGAAGACGGGCAUCGCGUCGACCUUCAUCAACCGGCUGUGCGACGACUCCAUCCUGCUCGACCUGAAGCACCUGCUGAAGGAGGCGAAGCAGCGCAUCCCGCCGGUGCUGGCCAGCCUGGAGGACCCGACGGAGACGGCGGCGGAGGUGGCGGCGCUGACCGGGCAGCGCGGGUGCACGUACUGCGGCGGGCUGGGCCACCGGAUCACGGAGUGCCCGAAGCUCCGCGCGGAGAACCGGGCGCAGCAGCGGGAGCACAUCGGACACGGAGGGUUCGGGGGGGAGGCGUGA